AUGAGCGUGUACAGCUGGGAAACGGCGGACGGUGCGCACCGUCACCGGAGGAAGACCAAGAAGACGGGCACCGUUGUCUUUCACACGGACGAACGCGUGGACACCUCCUUUGACCGCCUCCAGAGGGAGGUGAUUGUGGAGAAGCUGCACUUCUCGCGAAAGGAGGCUGAGGAGGCGCUGGCCGACCCCCAUCACCCCGCCAACUCCGUCAAGACGGCGCUCAUGACGGCCUCGACGGCCAAGGUACUCCAGAAGACGAUGAACUUCGAGGCGUUGCUGCCGUGCCAGGCGCAGUGCUACCGCGGUAUCUUCAACGGUCGCGACGUCAUUCUGCACAGUCGCACCGGCAGCGGCAAGACCCUUGCCUACGCCCUGCCGCUGAUUGAGCGCCAUCUUCUCCUGGAGCAGCACCAGAAGCCUGCAACCGUCGGCGCUGCUGCCGGUCCCUUCUUGCUGGUGUUCGUCUUCAGCAAUGACCUCGCUAUGCAGACGAAGAGUGUGCUGGAGAAGAUCUACGGUAAGAAAACCACCCUGCGCAUUGCCGUGGCCGGCUUCGACGACUUGCAUCCCACGUCCGACGGCAGGGUCGUCGACAUCCUUGUUGGGACAUUGUGCAGCAUUGACGAGGCGAUCCGCGGCCACCGUGUCGCCGCCGCCGCAACUGCCGUCGAGGAGGCGGAGGCGCAGCGAGAUGCCCAUCUGGCUGGUAAGAAGCGUCCCCGCAGCGCGAGGAAGCCGCAGCAAGCCGCAGCUGCAGCAGCGGAGGAGGAGGACGACGACGAUGAUGGCGACGCGGCGGCGUCCAUGUCUGAUGACAAUGAAGACGAGGCGAUCGCCGGCCACGGGGACACGCGCGAAGCAGGGAUCAUCUCUCCCUCUCUUGUGCGUGCGAUUGUUGUGGAUGAGGUGGACAUCACCCUGGGUCCGCGCUUCUCUGCGAUGGGUCGGCGCAUGAAGAACCUGCUAAAGUUCAUCCGCAAGGCAAACGGCUCGUUGGCGGACGGGCUGCUGAACGACUUCCGCGCGCACCACUACGUUCUCUGCGGGGCGACCAUCCCUAACUGGGUGCUAAAGGCUGGCUUCUUGGGAGUGAAAAAGUACUACUACCAACUCGUCACCGUCGGAUCGGCGAAGUUGCCGCCGCAUCUCGAGUGCUUCCAUCAGACAUGCAGCGUGGCGGACCGCGUGCGGACGGCGACCCGUCUGCUGACGGAGAACACUGCCUUUAAUGGCCGUGUUAUUGUCUUCGGCACACUGAAGCAGCUGACGGCGCUGGAGGCCGGUCUGCACACGUCGACGACAGCGAACGCGGGGGUUACUGAGACGAGGACGACGACGUCGUCCAGCGCGAAGAAAGGCGGCAAGAAAGGCAACGGUAAGAGCGCUGGGGCCGCUGGCGCAGCUGCAUCGUCGUCGUCGCUCAUCGUGCGUGUCCUCACGGCGCAGAAGGACGAGCUAGAUCGUAUGGCUGCCAUCGAAGACUUUAACUGCGGUGUCGCGCAGGUGUUGCUGUGCACCGAUAUCGCGGCUCGCGGGCUUGACUUUACGGAGGUGGACACUGUUCUCAUGCUGAGCCUCCCACGGGACGCGCUGGCCUCGGACACGUUCGUGCACCGCGCUGGACGUACGGCCCGCGUCGGUCGGCCUGGUCGGUGCAUCCUGCUGCAUGAUGCGUCGGAAGCCACCGUGGUGGACGCCAUCGCAAAGUCCACGCACGUCGUGUUCAAGGCCCUGGGUCCCGCCUUGGCUGCUGCCGCCGGUGUGUCGGCGGAUGCACUGAGGGGCGGGAAGGUUAAGACGUCUGCUGCGACCAACGCUGGUGCCUCUGAUGUGGCGCUGACCUCCAUGAAACUCGUGGUGCGCAACCCGUUCCGCUACACGAAGCCGAAUGUAAAGGUGCCAUCUGCGAUGCACGUCUUUAACGCCAACCUGGAUGAGCCGUUGAAGGCACUCUUACAGGACAUUCGCGAAGAGGGUGGGAGCAACGGUGAGGUGGUGCUGUUCCGUGUGCCAGUGAGCCACAUCCACGAGUUGAAGCAGCGGCUGUGGAAGUACACGCUGCAGGAGGUGUAA